GAAUGACUGUUCAGGUGAGUGUUAUAAGGGCGUUGAGAAAACGUUUUCAAAGAACUCGGUCAUCCGUUCUUAUAGACCAAGACCGCACUUGAAAGUACUUGUACAAGACUUCUGUAAGACCGACAGCACACAGGUAUAUAUAGAUAUAUAAUAUAGAGUUUGAAUGAACGAUGUUAGUCAUAGCGUUCAGCCAAUCAGAAGCCGCGACACAGUGAUUCAUAGAUUGACGGUCUCGAUGUACAAGGCCAUUCGACGUUCAGCGCUAACAGGCAUAGGAUGUGAACAUAGGGAUUUUUACCAAGCCGAGAUGAUUUAAACACGAGUGUAGUUGACAGGUGAAAAAGUUUUACAUAAACUGUGGCAUAUACCGGAAGACACACGAAAACAGUCAUUGUGAAUCGCUACACCUAUUUCACAGACUUUGUUUUUAGUAGAUAAACUAAAAUAGUUUCUUUUUUUUUACCAACUUUUUUGACCAUGCCGCCUCAAUCCAUGAUGGACCAUAAUACGAAUUUAUUACCGGAGCCUGAUGACUGUGGUCAGACAAAAAUUAAAUGUGUUUUAGUAGGGGACGGAGCCGUGGGCAAGACUAGUCUGGUGGUCAGUUACACGACCAACGGCUAUCCCACCGAAUACACCCCUACAGCAUUCGACAACUAUGCAGUUGUUGUCACAGUGGAUGGGUCACCUGUGCGUCUGCAGCUUUGUGAUACGGCCGGCCAGGACGACUUCGAUUCUUUGCGGCCGCUCUGCUACCCAAACACCGACGUCUUCCUGCUGUGUUUCAGCGUCGUGACGCCGACAUCAUUUCACAACAUUUCUGAAAAAUGGGUGCCGGAAGUGAGAAAACAUUGUCCAAAGGCUCCGAUAAUUCUGGUGGGGACACAGUGUGAUCUUCGUAAUGAUGUCAAAGUGUUGAUCGAGCUCGCCCAUUACAAGGAACAACCCAUCCCUGAAUCGGAAGCACAGGCGCUUGCUGACCGCAUCGGUGCAAGCUAUAUUGAGUGCUCGUCACUUACACAGAGAAACCUCAAGGAAGUGUUUGACACAGCAUUACUUUCGGCCCUCAAACUUUCCGGGCCACUUAAAAGGACAAAGAGUUCACGGAGAUCAAAAAAGGGCAAAAAGCAACACGAACAAUCACCACCACCAAUGGUGUCGGGCAAGCCUUGUGCCAAGAAGACAGGAUGGAAGCGAUUCUGUUGUUUGUUGUGAAGUAAUUCUGAUGCCUAAAAAGCAAAAAAUCAACUGUCAUUCGUUAAGAAUAAAUGCACACAGACUUGCAACAGACACCUGAUGUUCAAUCUGCAAUAUAGAACUCGGCCAAUUGGAUCAUGUGACACGUGACGGAUGGGCUAGACUCCCGCCACAGGUGAUAUGUGUAUUGGUUAUUUAGCUGUUUUGUAUAUAUACACACCUACGGAGAUUGUGACGAGAUAGUGACGAGUCCCCAGUCUGUCAGUGCAGACUGAAGUGUGCAUGAUUGCACCGACGAACUGUCAACGGUGGUUGAGUCAUAAAUCUGGAGACAGAUGUCGUCGCUUUUAAGACAGGUUGAUUGUGGAUUGUGUAUUAUAAAUUAAUUUAUCAAUGGGAGAGAGUGCACAUGUUUUAAUGAGUGGUGUCUGAGUCAUGGGACGUUAACGACUGCGACGACAGCGAUGGAGUGUGAGCAGUGAGAGUGGUCUGGGUGAAAUAAAACAUUGGCGUUCAUUUGUCACGGAUGUAGUAGGCUGUUGCACUUUGAGGUGCGCCAAUGUAUUGGCUCGAGUGAUAUUUUGAGCUGCGUGUUUAACAGAUCAAAUUAUGCCAUUUCUGUGGGGUAUGCAUCCAUCUUAAUUGUUUCCAUGUAGAUUUUAGAUAAUUCCUGUUUCAUAAUAGAAACAAUUAUGCAGUGCUUUUCAAUCCAGAACAGAGAAAAUCCAUUACAGAGAUUUAUCGCCAUAUUACCUUUCUUGUUUUAGAAAAUAGUAAUGGAGCAGAAGAAAAUCUAUUCAAAUUUUGUAAAAAAAAGGAAAAACACAUAAUUGUAAUUGUUCAUGGUUAUUGAAUCUGUAGGGUCAUCUGGCAUGGGAAAUAUGUGUGAAAAUGUGCGGUAUGCGAUUUCUUUAUAGCAAUAGUCAUAAUAAGGCCACAAUUUUGGGAGUCUCAGUGUCUAGCGUAGAGUACCGUUUUACAAGUAAGUAAUGUGAAGGAGCUUGUUUCCACCUGCCUGAAACCCGCCUAUCAGAUCUAUGUUUUCUGGUAUGACUUGUGGCGGUAUUUUUAUCCGACUUCUAUCAGAUUUUAGCAUUCUUUUAACUUGUGGGACGGGACUACUUAUGCUAUCUGGCGUAGUGAUACACAUCUUUACAUUGUCACCUACCCUUAUUCCCACACAUGACAGCCUUAUCACACCUGCAGAUAUCUCCACAAUUGUCACAGGGCCGUAUUUCCUGAUCCUGUCGGGGUGGCUUUGUAUUGGCUGGUGUUGGUACCAUGCCCAAUCUUCGGUCCAGUUGAUGAACCAUUUCCGAUGACAAGUCUGACAGGUCGUAAAUUAAUGAAUAGAGGUGUCGAAAACCCUAACAGGGCAAGCUGCCUUAAUGGAAAAAAAUUGUGAUACAAUUGUUUUGCAACAAAGAAAAGAUCAAAUCUGCAAGAUGAUCAAUAGGGUUGUAGCUCUUUCUUUAUUUUAACAAUUAUAAGGCCUGGUUCAGAAUUACUUAUUCGGUCCUCAAACAUUGUACCAAAUCAUUCCUCAUGCCAAAUAAUGGCCUCAGAUCAGAUUGCAAUAUAUCAGUAUUUCGUCACGUUUCUAGCUCAUCAAAGCUUUGCAUAAUACAUGCUAAACUUAUUGUACAUUGCUUUAUUUUCGACAAUCUUUCAAGAAUUGUAAUAGUUUUGAUUGACAACUUGUCAGUUGGAAUGAGAAAAUAUUUUUAUGGUUCAGUUAAAGAAGAAAGUUUAAGAAAAUUAUAUUAUUACAUGUAAUAAUUAUUCAAAUGAAAUGGAAUGGAUUUUUCUUUGGGUAUUUCAAUCUUUUUUUUCAUAUCUUGUCAUUUUCCACACUAGAUUAUUCCCAUAUCCUUCCUUUACCCAUAUUUGGAUCGCGUCUCCACAAGUUUUUGUUUUACCCUCAUCCCUCUCAGACACUGGUGAGGGUGAAAGAGAAACUACAAGUGUUCUCCUGCCCUCCACCCAACCCGACCCCUGACCCCCUACCCUCGACCCCCGACCUCUCUUUUACCUAGUCAUCUCCCCUGUCUUGUGUCACCACAGAUGUGAUUCGCAUCUACGACUUCUUUCCUCUCUCUGGAAUUCGACAAGUAUGUUUAUUUAACCCUUUUUUAUUAUUAUUAUUGUAAUUUAACUGGUGCUGAUAGAGAAAUUGUCUUUAAAUCAUACUGAUUUUUUUUUUUUAAUCAUACUAAUUAAUUUUUAAGUAUUUUUUUUUAAAAUCAAAUCUUUUAUUUGAACCACAAUCUUGACAAAGGUUCUCAUUAGAACUUAGUAGCCUACUUGUACCGUCACAAAUUCAACGAUGUUUUACUGGUAUGUAAGGGAACAAUGUUAUUCAGCAAUUGUUAUACUUACAGUUAGCAUAAUGUAAUGUUUAGUUUUUAAGUCUAUCGAUUCUGCUUAUCUGAAUUGCAAACCUGUGAUCUUUCGAGAGGAUAAUUUUUUAAAAAGUUUUAUUUUAUGGAAUUUGAAGUUAUUGUAAAUAAGUUGUUGUUUUCUAUAACGUAAAAUGUCUUUGCUCAUGAAUUUUUACUUUAAAAAACCAUUGAAAGGGUUAGGACUACUGGUGUUCCAUUCUACACAAAUACGAAAGUGUCUGGAAUAUCAUGGUUCGGCUUUGUACAAAAGCUAAAAUGUUCAGACUAUCCAGAUUCCACUUCUAACCUACAGCUGUUGUGAAAAAUCCAACAUCGCUGGUACAGGUUUUACCUGUCGGGCACACCUGCCCAGGUACAUUUACCUGUACAGGUAGACACAGGUAGAUUUGAUGAUAAGCGGUCCUGACUGUCCUGACUUCUACAAUACGAUUCUGUGUUUGUUAUAUGAAAAUGAGAUGCUCACCUGUUUGUCAAAGCAUCAACUGUUAUUAUGCUCUCAUGUCUUUCAUUCCUGUUUGUAUGUAGAUUGAUUGUCCUGCAGGUAAAUGUGGAACUAGUCCCAUCGAAUUGCUUGCUAUUGUUAAGGUCAAGGCCGAAUGUUUCGCUUGAAAGGUCAAGGCCACAUGUUUUUGCUUGAGCUGAGCAAUAAGAAAAGAUAUCAUCCUUUUUUUAAACAAUAUUCCUGAAUGUAGGCAAUUGUAAAUUACCUUACAUUGAAAAUAAUAUUACUUAAUACACAAAUUUUUAGUUAUCAAAAAUAUUUUGUGAUUCUUCGAAUUCAAAGAAAAGCAAUUUUUUUAGAUUUGUAAUUGACAUUUUUGAUAAAAUUUCAACUUUUGACAUUACAUAUGUUUUUUGUUUGACUGACUACACACCUUUGAAUUACAAUAAUUUAGUUAUUGGUUGCCCUGAGCUUUUCGACAAAUGGCCAGCACCAAUAAUAGUAAGAGAGGCUCUACUUUACUAGACCUCUCCCAUCUCUCAACCCAAAAACGAUUUUGUAGAUAUGUUAUUGGAUAGUAAGCUUUUGGGUAAUUCACAAACGGUUCUACACAUUUUAAACUUACAAAAUGAGAUUUUUUAUCUUGAAUAAAUUAAUUGAUGACAUGUAUAUUUAUAUAUUUUGUACAAGAAAAAGUGCCUUUUAAUAAGUAGAAGUGUUGACGUUGGCGUAGUCGGCGUUUUCCGUUGAUGUCGGCCUCAUAACUUACAUGUAUGUCCAGCUAAGAGGUACGGCUAUGGUCUGUGAAGGAAUGUUGGUUAGGUCGAAAUUGAAAUAUUUCCCAUCAAAGUUUGUAAACAACUUUAAAUUCUCUCGAUUUGUAUGAAAAUGGAAACAAUAUAAUGACCGUUUUGACAAUAAGGUGUCGAGGUGUCAAACCAGUAUUGUCCUAUAAUUGUCUCACGACAACUACAGACCAUUUUAAAUCGGUUACAAGACAAUAAGGUUUAGAUAUUGACGCAUUGCAUUGGGUCAUGUUCCUAUUGAGUGGGAUAAAAAGUCGGUAUCCAUUACAGAAAUGUGUGUCGUCCUUUUGAGACGAGGUACGUAAGAAAUAAGAUAACCAUUGUUGGCUGGUUUGUUUAUGGGCUAGUCAAGAAUGCAUCAGAAAAUGGACGCGUUUUAGUGCUGAUCAUUCUGAUUAAGCCGGGAAAGCAUGCCCGCAAUGCUUCUGUUCUCUGCCAAAUUUUACCCACAAACGUACAUGAUGUUACGUCCGGUGUCGUCUGCCGUGGACGGCAUUACGCGAUUAAUGGCUUAGCGGUGCCGGAAUUAAAAGUUUUAUUCAAAUUCCUAAUCACAGACCAUGGUAUUUUUAAGGCCUCUGGACAUUUUAACGUCUCUGUGACGUCAUUGUGUUAAGUCUGCUGUCAGGAAAAACAGCGAACGUUCACCGCCUAUUGCGUCAUGUGUACACGUCAGAUGGAGACACGACAGCCAUAAAGGUUAGCCGAUCGUCUCAAUUUUUUUAUAUGAAUGAUUUAUUGCCUGUUGAAUAAAGAUUUCUGAAAGAAACAA